GCGUUCGGUGUUCCUAAUAAUCUGUCUCCGAUCAUCAUCAACCGCCCUCCUGUCCUCUCUUCUCCUCCUAUCUCUCUGCGUCCCGCCGCUUCUCCUCACUAUUCGCGGAGGUUUCGGUGCCAGGACACCGAGCGCACGGUUCCCUUCUUUUUUUCUCCUCUCCUCCCCACACAAGCGGCGUUGCUUCACAAUUUCAGCCUCCAAGAUCGGGACUUCUUUUUUCUUUUUUUCUUUUUUGGGGAGAUCAAUGUAUAAAUAAAACAAAAGUAAAUAAAUAAAACUAAAAUGACUUGAGAGACGUAGCGUGAACGGCGGCUCUGGGAGAAGCUGCUGAACGCGCCGUGCGUAACAGAGCGGGGAAGCAGGUGGAUGGAGAGGCUGGCAGGAUGCGGCUUUCCGGCGGGUCGGAGCCCCGUUUGGGAGCGGCGGGACUCGGCGAGCUCUACCGCGGGACAAACCGGACGCGAUACAGUGACGAUGAAGCUUUCUGGUUUAAACAUUGGCUUUGCUCUGUUUUACUUCCUCUGUACCGCUGGAAUGUGAUCAUUGUGGCUCCUUGAACAUAAAAGUCCCCGGUCAUCCCAGUCCCCGGAUCCCCAAACCCUUAGGCUACAACAUUUCCAUUUGCCUCUACCCUUGGCUGCUGUUUCUUUCCCCCAGUUUAAAACCUUAAUGAAUUCUUUUAACCUUAUUAUUAUUCAGUGAAAUUAGUGCUUUGAGGCAGUGAAGUAAAACCCAUUACCAUUCUCCUUUUAUGACUCCCUUCUUUCAUACCAACUUCAUCAUAAACCCAUAAGACCGUCGGAUUCAAAUCUUUGAGUCAUGGCCUUGGAUGUGUGGCCCUACAUCCCACCAUCCCCCAACAUCACCAUCCCCGAGCCCCUCCUGUACGACGCCUUCAACCAAGACAAUGACUCGGACCUGAGCGGCAACUUCUCUGACACCAGAGAGCUCCAUCAGGACAAGACCAGCUCGGUGGUCCUCACCUUCAUCCACUUUAUGGUGUGCGCCGUGGGAUUAUGCGGCAACACCUUGGUGAUCUACGUGAUCCUGCGCUAUGCCAAGAUGAAGACGGUGACCAACAUCUACAUCCUGAACUUGGCGGUGGCGGACGUCCUGUGCAUGAUGAGCCUGCCGUUCAUCGCCCUGCAGCUGGCGCUGGUCCACUGGCCCUUUGGAGAGGCCCUGUGCCGGGUGAUCAUGACCGUAGAUUCUCUCAAUCAGUUCACCAGCAUCUUCUGUCUCAUGGUGAUGAGCAUUGAUCGCUACCUGGCCGUGGUUCACCCCAUUCGCUCCACCAAAUGGCGGAAGCCCCGUAUUGCCAAACUAAUCAACGUCACAGUGUGGGGCGUCUCACUGAUAGUCAACCUACCAACUAUGAUCUUCAGCGGCCUGAACCAAUUGCCGGUGUGCGGGAUAGUGUGGCCCGAGCCCCAGGAUCUCUACUACAAGAUUUUCAUUUUCUACACCUUCUCCAUUGGAUUUUUCAUGCCACUAGCAGUGAUAUGUCUGUGCUACCUGCUCAUAAUAAUCAAGGUGAAAUCGUCCGGAAUACGAGUGUGUUCCUCCAAGCGAAAGCGUUCCGAGCGCAAGGUGACGCGGAUGGUGUCCAUUGUGGUGGUGGUGUUCGUCCUCUGCUGGCUGCCUUUCUACAUUUUCAACGUCACCUCCGUCACCAGCUCCAUAACGCCCACGUCGGCGGUGAAGACUUCGUUCGACUUUGUGGUGGCGCUGGGCUACGCCAACAGCUGCGCCAACCCCAUCCUGUACGCCUUCCUGUCCGACAACUUCAAGAAGAGCUUUCAGAAUGUUCUGUGCCUGAAGAAGGUGGCGGGCCUGGACGAGAUAGAGCGCAGCGACAGCCGGGCGGACCGGAGCCGGAUGGUUAACGAAGCCAUGCUCAUCAACCCCAACCUGGAGACCCAUAACUCCGCCCUGCUCAACGGCGAGCUGCAGACGAGCAUCUGAUUGGCGAGGGAGCGGGAACGACAUCCAAAGAGGCGAAGAAAGCAAUGGGGCUGCUGCCAGUUCAGAUUGCAAGGCCAUGACAGUGAUGUAACGGCAGCUCAUGGACACGAGCAAAGUCUAAGAGAAAAAUAAACAGUUUCUUGAGGGGUUCAUAGAGUUCACAGAAAGUGCAUUGGCUCCAUUUAUAGACUCCUGACGAUGGGGUAAAUGAGGCAAGCUGUUUACCUUCAAAUCAACCGAAAGCAUGAGAGAUUUAUUUUGGUUGAAAUAAGAGUGCUUGUGGUGCCUGUCAGUUUCACUUUUCAAAAAUCCAAGCAAGCGGUAAGAUCAGAUAGACCGCAACGGACAUGGAGUGAAGAAAACCAGGAGCAACAUUGCCCUGUAUCGGCUGGAGAGUAGUCCGAAUUAAAUCGACAGCCUCUAUUGAAUCACCUUCGCAAAGACCGAAACAACAUAUUAUAUUUUCUGUAGCCUUUUAGUUGCAAGAGACUGAAACCGCCGCCACAGACAACAAGUGUAACUGUAUAUUUUAUUCACGUCAGCUUAUUAGUUUGGUUUCUUAGAACUGAAAGGGGUAACAAAGAGGCAUCCUUUUAUCUACAGAUGGAUUCUGUUCUCGUUUGUCUGGCUUUUAUCUUCACGGAAGGAGUAGCGGCGACUCGUAAGCACCAAUUCAACAUCUCUGAUCAAUGAUCAAGGAUGGAAAAUCAUUUCCGCAGACAACCUAACCUUGCUUCUCCAAAACAACUUGACUUUGUACAUAAACAGAUUUCGAGGAAACUUUGCCACAAAGGGAAACUAUUGCUUCAUGUGUCAAGAAUUAAAUGUAUUUUAAUGGCAAGGCAAACUUCUGCAUAUUCUUGCCAAUGGAAGUCGGUGAUAUGUACAGUACAGGUCUACUUGAUCCUGACUUUUACAGGAGUCGUCACUUGCACCGCUGCAAAGGGCCCUAUAUCUAUUUGUACAGUGUUGUGUUUUGACAAGCUCGCUGCUUUGUGGUAAAACGUGACCCUCUGAUUCCCAUUUGGUUUGCUCAGCCUAUGUAUGAGAGUGUGUCCAAAUUUCCCAGAAGGCUGAAAAAUGCGUCACGCGUUGGAGCAAAGGGGAGAGAAACAAUGAAACACACGGAGAAUAGGACAAAGGGAGAAAUACGUGCAUGAUGAAGAUAAAGUUUAAAAAGGCUGUGGUGGGAUGUAUGAAUCAAAGGGAAUAGCAGAAAGUAAGGUCCUUGAAUAUGUGGGUGAGUGAGUAAGGUUGGUAAAAAACAGAGCUGCUAGCUCUUCAAUAAGUGUGAAGAACAAGCAUUAUGUAACACACACACAUAUAUAUAUAAAUAAUCAAAAUUGAUAAAUUUUGAUGAUUUACGACUUACAGCUAAAGAAAACCCCAAAUUUUGCUGCUCAAAAAAUAAAUAUUAGAAAUAUUAUAUAAAACCAUAAGUACUUUAGGGAAAGGGCCUCCCCUGAAUAAAUUAAUCAGUAUGACAUGAGAUGGAAGUAAUCAGCCUAUGGCUCCUUUUAGGUCUUAAGAAAGGUAAUGCCGCUUUAAGGGUGUUUUCACACCUGAUGGAGGGUAGACUCUAUUUGCAGUAGUGCUUCUAGAGCCAUCUGAUUUGUGUGCUUCAGGAUUGAUUUGACAUGAGAAAUACGAGUAGUAAUCCAUAUCUUAGGUACAUCCUUGUGUGUCGGCUCUUAAAGCGCUGAAUCCAUCCACAAAUGUCUUUAAGUCCCCUAAAGGCAGCACGUACAUCUGUCUGUCUGUCUUCUACAGAUUUCCUCUUCACUUGAAACACCAUUGACAUGGUUGUUUAAAAUACUCUGCCAGGUUAUUUACCUUUUGAGGCUUACACUCCCUGUAGAGGGACAGAAACAUGACUGUUUCUGUCGGAUGAUGACUGUCAGCUUCAUAUCAGUCAAGUCAGCAGUCUCUCACACGUUACUUUGCUAAAGAUUAUUUUCUUGUUGGUCUCAUAUCGAGUUUUCAUCAGCUGUAAGCCAUAAUCAACAAACUUAACAGAAUCAAACUUGACUUGAGUUUUUUUUUUUUUUUAGCUCUGAGUUUAAUGUAAGGUAUUUGAUUUUCUUAAAUUGGCAUGAACAUGUUACUAUUCGGAAUCAUUCAAUUGCACCUGUACAGUCUGCGUGCUGCAAGUCUGGUGAUUAGCAUUGCCUCCAUACCCCGCGUCCUUUAUUGCACCUCAUUAGUCUUGGUAUUCUGUUUUUCAUUUGUCAGAAAACCCAGAAAAUAUUUGCAUACAUUACCCUUGGGGUAAACGUGACCCUCAACAAGAGAAAAAGUGCGAAUGAGAGAAUUUCUACACAGUUGGAAUGAGUCAUCCAAGACGGCCAGAGGUGAGCAGAACCGAACUGUGAUCCUGAAAGGUUCAAGGUGACAAUGAGAAGGACUGAUCCUACAAAAAUCAUGUCACACUCAAACAUGAUUAUGCAAUCCUGAGCUUGGUUGGAGGCCUAAUCGGAAAUGAACAGAAAGAAAUCUGAAUAAAGUCAAUAUAAUGGAAAACAAUAUGUCCACAUAAAAAAUGAUAUGCCACUUAAUCCGAAGAAAAGCAGACGCAAAAGUCUCCGUUGUUUCCACAGGGUGUCAGUUAGAUCUUCACUUUUCGCCAACAAAUUUAAUAUCAGUGUCUUGUUCUAAAAAUCAAGUCAUAAAUGGUUUCUAUUGUAGCAGUUUGUCACGGUAUCAACUAUCAGAGACUCCUUUAAAACAGAAGGUAGUUCUCUCUACAUCAGCUGAUUUUAGUCCUGGUGGUUCCGGUUGAUUCUACAGUACACAUUCUCAUUAGAACCAUGAGAUUAGCUAUAAUUACACAAGUGCCCCCAAGCCAAGGUUUGUUUUGUACAUACUUGUUGUUAGGAUUGAAUAAUCCGCCAGUCUUAGCUGGAAUUGGGUCAUUGGUUCCAGAGGGAACCAAUGGUUGUGUAGAGUUACAGUUUAUUCCUAAAAUUAUUUAUGCUGCUUUUUAUAUAUUAAUUCUACCAAGUUUGUUUCUGACAAGAAAUGACACUGGCCUCUCUAAAAAGAUGAAAUAAUUAUUACUUCUGAACAAAUAUAAAACAUUUUAAUUGCAUUAGUGCAGUCAAACUUUUUCUCGUAGCUGUUUUUUUUUUUUUUUUUUUUAUGUUUUCAGUGGUAUUUUUUUCCUGGUAUAUUUAUUUAGUGUUGAGCACCAAGUCCUUGAGGCUGGAAGGCCUCCUUGAAAUCACCCUGAUCUUUAGCUCUGUCCACAGAUUCUCUGUCAGUCAGAUGUUGGUACUCUGGCCACUACAAAAAGCUAACAUUGCCUAAUCCACACCCACAUCUGAUGCCACUGCCAAACAGUAUAGAAAGCUAAUAUUUUGUUGUAUAAUUACAACUAGUUUAUUGCUGGCAUAUCAAUUAUUUCUUCAAUUUAACAUACUAGCAGUGAACUUGAUUCAUUUGCUCCUUUUGUCUAUCUGGGGUUGGGCGAUAAUCUCCCUUAACAGAGAAAGAAAAGAAACAAAGAAUAACUGAGGUCAUGUGUCAGGUUGACUUGACAAUAACGCUCCUUGAGCAACACAAAAAAUUACGGUUCUAUAAAAAUCGUCUGACCACCAGCUAAUAAUGUUAACAGCUAGCCAAACGGACCACUUGUUUUAGCAGAUUGUAGCUACUUCAAACAACUGGAAUUGAAAAUAUAAACCUGCUACCAAAUCUGGAAUAAAAGUGACUUUACUGUUGGAGGACUGACGAAUCGCAGCUAAUGAGGCAGCGUUAUGAAACUUUUGUGCUACUAUGCUAGCUGUAGUUCCACUAGGCCUGUCGCGAUAAACGAGAAAUCGAUUAAUCGUACGAUAAAUUAAAACUAUCUACGUCAUUUUAAUUAUCGCCGUUAUCGUCUCUUCCAGCCUUUUUCUCUUUCUGUUGAUGACGCUAAAUGAAAAAAGGCUCAACUCCGCUGCUCUCCACUGAUCCUCCCUUCCUCAUUUCCUUAGUGUCAUUACACACCCAGCGCACACUACAUGAUCUUAGUGCUGUCAGUCGAUUGUCGGCCCAUUUUCAAAAUCUGAGAUCACACAUUAGCCGACAGAAAUCCUAGGUAUAACGGUUCCAUCGGGUUCGAUGUGCCGUGUGAUGUCCAACAGUGGGCACAACAUAAUGGCUACAAGUCCAGCUAACUAAUUUUAAAACCAGGCAUUAAUCAAUGCUUUACUACAAUCUAUCUGCAACGCAUGUGGCUCUAGUGUCAGCGUAACGUCCUGACUGAAUGAAAAUCAUUAGGACCGAUUUAUGUCACGUUAACGAAGAACAGCUGAAAAGUUACCGGGUUCAUCAACGUAGCGAUUUCGCUCCAACUCCUCCCCUCGUCAUUUCUAUAUUCUUUGUACAAAAUGUUUUAUAACCAUUAAUGUUGUUUCCACAUAUCAUCUCCAAUGUCCGUUGGACUUCGGGUUGCACCGUGUCAGCUGUUUGGGAUUCCCCUCGGUAAUUUCCCCUCAGAAAGUGCGGAGCAGAAUCCGGCUUUCUGAUUGGCUACCUGUCACAUUCAACAGGCUGCGGUAACGAUCCCAGUGGGGAAAACCCCUGAUUUAGAUCGGAGCGGCCACAACGAUCUAGCGUAACACACCACACACUACAGGAUGAUAACAAGAGACAAUCUUAGAAAGAUAAAAGUUCUAAGAUUGUCAUGAGGGGAAAAUGUAGGUGUGAACUAACGUGUAGUGUGAACUAUUGCAUCAGGUAGUCGAUGUGCCCAUCUUCUCUAUUUAAAUCUAAUGAUUACUGAAGGGCAAUAUGGUAAACAGACUUUAUAAUCUGCACUCUUUUGGUUGAAUGCAGUAUUAAUUUACACUUUGGCUUUAUGUUAUUUCGUUUUUAUUCAAGUACAUUUUUGUUAAUGGAGACUGAGAAUCAAUUUUAUUUUUAUUUUUGGUUGUUUUGUUUAUUUUGUUUAUCAGUUCCAGUGUUGGGUGUUCUUUUUAAAAUAAAGUGUAUCUAUCUUUGGCAGGAAAUCACAUGCAUUAUUACGUCAUUUCCAUUAAAUCAGUGUAAAAAGGUCUUCAAACAAUACUAUCGUCUAUCGCAAUAGUUUUUUGAGACAAUUAAUCGUUCAGCAAAAUUUGCUAUCGUGACAGGCCUAAGUUCCACAAAACUCACUUAGCUGAGAAAACAGCGACAAACUUAACUGCAUAAUUGUGGAAGUCUAGAUUAUUAAUCUGUUCUAUAGAUUUGUAUUCCAUAAAUGUAGACAUUUUCAGUGUCUAGACUUGUUUUUAAAAUGGGAAACACGUUUAACUAGCUAUUAGCCUUCCUUCUCUCUGGGGAUUUAACAACGUUUUUACAAACUCACUGCCAUAUGAGUCCUCUAGUUUAAUUUAAAUUGCUUUUUGAUUACAAAGGGUGAAGGAUUUCUAUCACAUACCAACAUUCAGCUGGCCUACGUGUAAGCCGAGAAAACAAAAUUCAGUUUGUCAUUUUGACAUUUGCCUUAGUUUUAUUUCCUUUGCAUCUCACUCUGCAGAGCAUGAUAAAUUAGAGGCAAUUAUUAGAAUGUUUGAGACAUCUUAGGGUUUGUGUAUUAGACUUAACAUAUAUGCUAAAGAAUGCUAAUGCAUUUGUGAGUGUUAGCAGUGAGCUCAGAACAAAAAUUAGACAAUUUCUUAGUCUGGUUAGGUUUACAUCUAAGCUAAAAUUUUCCACCGUACCAGUAUCUACUAUGCCUCAUAUUUAUUCCCCUUGUCAUUUUGAAGUCGAGAUGUUUCAUCCAUAAAUCUUGACUCACAGCUGCUUAAAUUUGACACAUUCUUUUAAUUUGAGUUAACUAAGGAUAACUACGGGUUGACAACCUCACAGAAAAAGACGUGUAAAAACGUACACAGGUUUUUCUGGUAUUCUGUGGACACCAUACAUUAUACAGAACUGGGCUGAGAUCACAUAAAAAUGAGCAGAACCUUUAUCCAGAUUUGUUUUUAAGUCACUUUUUACCGCGAGCGAUCCUCUUAAUUGUUAAUUUGGACUACAUCCAUAGCAGUUGUUAGAACUUUCCCUAAAAUAGUCAAGUUUUAACUGAGCCACAAUCAUAGCUGGCAAAUUAUGUCUGCUAAGCAGGGGAAGAUUCGUGAAAAGAUAAAAAAUAAUUGAAAUUCUUUGUUGUUUAUCGCUUCAUUCAUGUUGACAGAAUGAGUCCACAAACUCAUUGUGGACUCACACAUGCAGAGCAAUUUUUAAAAACAUGUUUUUUCCCCAAUCGUUAGGCUGGAGAUGCUUCCCAAAAGCACCUCAAUGAUGGUGUCACAGCUGGGUGGCUGGGAGAUUUGUCAGACAUCUCAGUUACCAGCAGCAACAAAGUUGUUAACCAUAUGCUACGCAAAUAAAUCCUCUCAGAAACCAUCAACCUGCAUAAUCAGAACAGAUAAGAAGCACAGAUACGUUUAUUUCUGCAUUUAUAUUCAUUAAUUCUCUCAAUUUAAUUUAUUUAUUUUUUUUACAUUACACCAACAAACCUAAUAAGAUGAAUGGGGAUUUCUGUGAUAAACCAACAGAAAGUAGCACAUAGAUGUAAAAUGGAAGGAAAAUGAUUUUCUUUUUUGUUUGUUUUCACAUAUAAAAAUCUGAAAAGUGUGGUGUGCAUUUUUAUUCUUGUAGAGGUACUGAGCAGAACCAACUUUUCUGGAUUUGCAGCUCCAAUCUCAAAGUUUCCCAAUCAUUAUUUGAGAAGCAGCUCUAGGUCAGUCAAAUCAAAUGUAAAGCAAUUUUUCAGCCUGCCACAGAUUUUGACUUAAAUUCAGCUUUGGACUUUGACUUGACUAUUCUAAUAGACUAAUAUGAAUGACCUAAACCAGUCCAAACUAUCUCUGAAUGUAUGUUUGUACCUUUGUAUCUGUCUCAAGUCUUUUACCAUCAAUCUUUCUAUCAACUAAAAAAAAAUCUCACCACAUCAUGAUGCUGGCAUGUCACUCCAGAAGUUACAUUUUGACCUCAUCUGACCAGAAUACACAUUUUCUUAAUGUUCCAUACAAGGCUUGGGGCAAACUGUAACCCCAAAUUUUAUUCAACUCUCUUCAGGUUUUAUUUUGUCUCGUGUGGUGCACUAAUGCCUAAUGAUGCAAAUUUUACACAAACAAUAAUAUUCCCCUCCUGCCAUCUAAUUAUUUGGUUAUUAUUAUGCCUAAUUUCAACAAAUUAGGCAUAAUAAUUACCAAAUAAUUCUAUUUAUUUCAAUUAGCAAUGGUAUAUUCAACCAAUCCCUGCUAAAUGCAGCAUCUGGUUGUCAGCAAAAAUGUAGUAACGUAUUUUUUAUAUAAAUGUAUAUAAUCUGUCGGAUGUUCAGAGUUUUGAACAUCCCACAGUUUAUAAAUUUACCCUGGCUUUUCUUCGGAGGUAACGGAGUGAAGGGGGCUGAAUAGAAAUUCAUGUCACAAUUCAGGUUUUAAGUCAUAAAAUUUUUUCUUGUGAAGGUUUUGUGUUAUAAAAACCCACAAUCAGCAAUUAAACAUGUUUCUUUAUUAAGGAUUUUUAUUUUAUUUAAUUUUUAUGCACUGAUGAACUCUGGGUUUCUACCAGUUUCUCUUACAGUCAGUAUUUUAGCUUCCUCACUGUUACAGUGCAGAGUUCUCCAUCAUGUACUUGGCUUCUUCUUUCAUUUGCAAGUACAACGAAUAAGGUGAUCUUCAACACUAUUCACUGUGUGAAAUAUUAAUCAUACAGGUGAAAAAAACAGAAUGUGAUUCAUACAUCUCCACCCGCCAUGUAGAUGAUGUAUAAAAACGGAGCCUUUAGCUGUUUAACAGAUGUUGAUAAAAGAGAGUUUGUGCCAAAGCCAGCGCAAAUGUAGCGCUAAUAUCACCAAUGGCUGCAAUGGGAAAGUCUUCACUAGCUGCUUUCUUUAUCAUGUUGUGAAACCAAAACUUUUUUUUCCCGCCCUCAACAUUAUGUUCUGUAGGAACACUAUUAGGAUCAGGUAGGUUAGGAUUCACCACAAGUUUUGAGUGAGAUGGAUACACAAUCACCAAAUGUAAAAAGAAAAAAAAAAAAAAAAAAAAGAUUUGUCCAGAUUUAUGUCCUGCAGAUAUAUAUUGUACAGAUGAGCGGAGGUUUCCCCCAGGUGAACAUAAGUUAAUUUGUGAAGGGCUAUUGCGUGCACUCCAGAGGAUGCACCGUUCAGCAUAAACUGUGUAUUUGUCCCAUCAUCUGCUUGACCUUGCAUGGAGGAAAGCUGGUUAUCCCUACCGUCUGUUUCAACUCGCCAACUGAAAGCGGAGUUACACACAUUACUUUUCGACAGGGAUUUUCUCUCAGAAAGUGUGGAGUUCUGUAAAAGUUCAGGACAUUUGAAGUCUUAAAAUCUUUCCUGUAAUAGAGCAGGAUUUCUUGGCUCUAUUACAGCCAAGAAAUCCUGUAAUAAAGAUGUAGAAUCUUUAUGUAAGCCCAGAUUAGUUGAUUGAAGAGGCUAAAGCUAACAGCUAGUCCAGUGAUUUUUACCACAGGAAAUGGCGGUUGGAUGCUGUGCGCCACCAAUAACCCGCCUGUCUGAAACAAGUACUGAAAGCGGACCAUUCCAAGUGUUUCAGGUCAAAGCAAACAGCUUUUAAUUACAUUAUUAUAUUAACAGUAAUACUUUUUUCUUUGCUUUAUUUUUGUAUCCGACUGGACUGAAUGAUUUGCAUGUUUUUAAGUGUUUCACACUGGAAGGUCUUUGGAGGUGAACAUCCUCCAAUCUCCUUUUCCCAUGAAAAUAAACUUUGUCAGUUGCUGCUGACAAAGUUGCAGUGGAAGGAAAACACAACAACUUUCCAUUGCAAACAUCACAAUUCACAAAAAAAGUAGCGUUCACAGGAACGAUAUUUGUUGUUUUUGAGAUGGGAGGGUAGAUUUAUAUUCUUUUAGCUUCAGCCUCUGGAACCACAGAAUUUGGAUUUGUACUCAAUGAAGACUCAAGUUUUUUUUUGUUUUUUUUUUGUUUUUUUUUACUGCAGGAAAGAUGUUAAUGGCUUUUGCCUUUUAAACCCAACUCCACCUCAAACAUCCUGACCUGCCAUUGCCUCGCAUUUUAGAACUGGUACAAUCUCGUAGCUUUUAAAACAACAACCUUCAGCGUCAGGCAAGUGGCUCCAAAGUGUUUGUUUCCAGUGGUGUACAGCUGUGGAUAUGUACUUUUUAAUUGUGCUGUUACUUUUUUCUAUGUGCCUUGACACUUCAUACUGUCUAAAACUCAUGUGAUGACGGCAUUGCAAAGCGUUUCUUUUCCUCAAAAAAAAAAAAAAAAUCGAACCGACCAAAGGUCUUUGUAC